UUUUUUUAUUAUGUAUUCACCUGUGUUAACACCAGUUGAAAAUCCACGGCUUAAUAUGGACUAUCCGCCUACAAUAAACGAUAAAGAAUUAUUUCGAUUGUCUAUCACUUCUCAAUCUUCUGGUACAACAACCACUGCCAGUACCUCAAGCCAACGACUCAGUGUGGCAAGCAAUGAAGAAGAACCAACACAUAUCGCCUUCAAUAUUUCCAAUAGUAAUCAUAGUUUAGCCGGAACAACAUCACUUUCACCAUCUUCUCGUUAUUUGUUGUCUGGCUUUUCAACUUCGGAAAACCUAAGGAAUAAGGUUUUAAGUCGAUUUUAUCCUUCUUCUUCCUCCUGUUCGUCACCCAAUCGUCAUCAAAAAUCACUCUCAGAUCCUUCUAUUUCAAUUUCUUCUUUGGACUCCUCCACCGAGUCACCGAUUGAACCAUGGUGCAUGUCUGCAAAGACAGCCAUAGAAACAUGUAUUUUAUCAGCCUGGAUGAACAAAUACGAACAACCUGUCUUUGCUUUUUCCCGAUCCUGGAAACAAAGACUGUUUGUACUUGUAGACCGUAUCGUGUUUGUCUUCAAGAGCAACAAACCCACCAACCCAGCACGCGAUUAUUUUGUCCUGACAGAAGAUACGUUUGUGUUUGUCACAGAACAGUUUAAGAAAGGCUAUGUGAUCGAAUUGCAAAAACCACUCUCUAAAUGGUAUAUCCGAUGUGACUCGAUUGACCAGCUCAAAGAAUGGCUCGAGGCCAUGAAGAAAAUCGUAGCCUGUAUUAAGAUUGGCUACGAUGGACGUCUGAAUGGUUCGAUUCUGAAAUCCAUUACACUUACAGAUGAUUAUCGAAUUCUAAUACCUUCUCAUGUGGUCGCUGUGAAUAUCAAGAAAUCUUAUCGCCAAAGUCUGCCUGUGACGACAAAUGAACUUGUGCGUAAACUUUCUAUUAUCCAACCCAAACGAAAACAAAAGCGACAAUCAUUAGCAGAAAUACCAGACUGGGAAUCAACUCUUCCUCCUCAACUUCCUCCGCCUACUUCGAAACCACCACCUGUACCACUUGGUUAUUCAUCAUCUACAUCAACAACAAACAACAAUGACUUGCCUACUGUUUCCGAAAACGAUUAACUAUUUUGUACACUUUUUCCAUAUUUUGUUAUCCCCCCAAACAACAUGACAUACACAUAUACAGCAUUAUAUAUAUAUUUAUUAUUACCUAAUUUUCAUAUCUAUAAGCAUACUUCAUUAUUUUUUGUAUAUUUCUCUCUUUUACCCCUUCCCCCAGAUUUUUUUUUUUGUACAAUAGAUUCUUUUAAUAAAUUACAAGUCAUUUUAAAUGAGUUGUAGACAAAUGCGGUCAAUUGAUAAACUUCCCUCUUUUCAUAUGUUUAUUGUUUUACAAUGGUUGCACCAUCACUGGAA